AUGGCUGACCACGAAUACAACGCCGAGGAGGCUGCCGAGAUCAAGAAGAGAAGACAGUUCCGCAAGUUUUCUUACCGCGGUAUUGACCUCGACCAGCUCCUCGACCUCUCUUCCGAGCAGCUCCGUGAUGUCGUUCACGCCCGUGCCCGCAGACGUUUCAACCGCGGUCUGAAGCGCAAGCCCAUGGGUCUCAUCAAGAAGCUUCGCAAGGCCAAGCAGGAGGCCAAGCCCAACGAGAAGCCCGACCUCGUCAAGACCCACCUCCGUGACAUGAUCGUCGUCCCCGAGAUGAUCGGCUCCGUCGUCGGUAUCUACUCCGGUAAGGAGUUCAACCAGGUUGAGAUCAAGCCCGAGAUGGUUGGCCACUACCUGGCUGAGUUCUCUAUCUCUUACAAGCCCGUCAAGCACGGUCGUCCCGGUAUCGGUGCCACCCACUCUUCCCGUUUCAUUCCCCUCAAGUAA